AUGCAACCAUUAGUGGUUCAGCACUUUGCUCAAAAUGUCCACACAGAAGUUCAGUUGGGACUUGCUCCACCUCUUUCAGGUGGUGGGAGCACUGGUGGUAGUAGUGGUGGAGGUUUUUUUGGUUCGGGUCUAUUCCGAACCGGACGUCCGCAAAGUAACAGGCCUCGUGCCUAUUCUAUGCUCCCACUGACAUCAUCUAUCAGUCAAGAAGAGGUAUUUCAGGAUAGAGUAGGUGUUCAAAAUUAA